UUAUUCAAGACAUCAUUGGGGACAUUUCACUUGAACCACUAUUUGUGAAGUAAUUUCUGCAACAAUUGUGAUAACCAUGAUUCUAAAAAAAGGGAUGGAAGCUUACCAUAGUUCAAAUAUUUUUCUGACAACAAUAAUGUUUGCCCUAAUGUUGAAUCAAACACUGAAUAUUUUGCUUGCUGUGAUCAACUAUUGGGAUGUACUCAUUGAACGGUUCAUGGGCCUCAAGGAUUUCGUUCUCUUCUUCUGUCUAUCUUCAUGUGCUGUAGAUAUCAGAUUCCGAUAUGAACGCAGCAGCGCUCUCCUGUCAGUUAUCGAAGACAAAUUUAUCGGCGAAAACAGCAAUUGGAACGUCACCUCGACCUGCGCCCUCUACAGGCAACAGCUGAUCGACCUUGACAAACGCAUCUUUAAAAUUAUCACAGUCAUCAUCCUCAACAUGAGCAUUUGGCCGCUAUUGGCUGUCGCACUGUUCAGAGUGGGCGGAGUGAAAACUCUCCAUCCGCCCCUCCCCUGCGCCUACUACCUCCCACAAAGCGUGACGUCACACCCUGUGACGUCAUAUGUGACGAUGUUCGUUCUGCAAUCUUGUUGUUUGUCGAUAUUCGCGAUUAUAAGUCAUGUUAUCCUUUCAUCAGUAACUGUAGCUCUACAGAAAUUAGGGUUCGAUUUUGAGCUGUUUUUUGAACUUGUGGAUAGGUUUGACAAAUCUGCCUUUGGACAUGAAGAAAAAUGUUCCAAAGAGGUUCAGGAAGAAGAGAGAGAGAUAAAAACACCAGAGAACCAGUGGAAAGAUAAAGAAGGAAAUAGGAGGAAGCAUGAUGUGGUGAGUGAGAGAAUAUAUAGGGUGCAGACUGAACGAAAAUGUUCCAAAGAGAAUAGAGGAGAGAAAGAGAAGAAAGAGAUGGGAAGAGCAGAGAACCAAAGGGAAGAGAAGGAUGGAGAUUGCAGGAUGUAUGGUGUGGAGAGUGAGAGACAAUUGAGAGAGCAGACCAGACUACUGGUUGCGUAUCACCAGAAACUUUAUAAGUGA